GUUUUUCUUUUUCUUUUUACAUCCAAAUCUACAUACAAUCCUCACAUGCAUUUGCAUCAUAAAAGACAAUCUCUCUCUCUCUCUAUAUAUAUAUACAUAUAUACAUGCACUUAAAACACUGAAACCCCCUUAACAAAUUCAUCACAGUUUGCAUGCAAUAUGUGCCAAAAUCUCUUAAUAAGGCCAUCUCUUAAAUAGGCCGUGUUUUAGCAUCACAAAGAAGCAAAAUAAUGUUUUAGGUUGAACACACAAACAACAGCAUUUGUGAUUAGUAUACUGAAUACACAAACAUAGGUUGAAAACACAAACAAAAGAAUAUUUGAGGUUGAACACACACAACAGUACAAGUGCCGUGCAGAAUGUGACAAUGUAUUGAACAUGAGUUGUUUUUCAUCGCAUGAGUGUAAGUGAAAGUGUGUGUGUGUGAGUGAGUUGUGGUGGUGGGUGCCAGCUGCGGCACCGUCGGUAGCUCCGAUGGAGAUGAGUGGGGCGCUGUGGGGGACGAUGCCGGAGCCCCUGGUGGACCUGAUUCUGGCGCACCUCCCUAUCCCUCGCCUGUUCGCAUUGCGCACCGUCUGCAAGCGAUGGAACAGCCUCAUCCACUCCGCCGGCUUCGUGAAAACCCAUAGCCAGGUCUCCUCCGAGCCACCCUAUUUCGUGCUGUAUGGCAUGGAAGACCACCGGGUGCAAAUCGGGCCAUCUCUCUUCACGUUCGCUUACUUCGCCCGCGACGCAUCCAUAUUCUGCUCCACUACCAAAAAAUGGCACUCGUUGUCCUUCAGUUUCCUGCCUUUCUCCGAUUUCUACCUCAUUCUGACCAGCCGAGGGCUGCUGUGCUUCGCCAUCUACAACCUGGAGGAUGAGGUGACUCUGGGAGUGUGCAACCCCAUCACGAAGAUGUGGCGAGCGCUGCCCCCUUGGCUCCCUCUCCGUGGGAAAGGGCUGCCUGAUUUUGUAGCCAUGGUUGUUGACGAGGUGCACAACUCGUACAAAAUCAUCGUCAUCGAGGAGCUGGAUCUGAUCACACGAGUCUACGAGUCCACAACCAAACAGUGGCAAGAGACGGGGAGGAUCCAUGCCUCGGAAGGCUUGCCCUACCUCAUGAACCGACCCUGCCAAGCGUUUGUCAAAAACGGCUUCAUGUAUUGCUUGUCCCAAAACCUGUCCCAGAUUGCGGCGUAUGACUUGGAGACAGGGGUUUGGAGUAGAAUCCACUUGAAUGUGCCAUCCGCUCAUGAGUUUUUGAGCAUGCGGACCUUAGGAAUUGUAGAGAGUCACGGCCGCGUUCUCGUCUUGACGAGAAGCGUGGUGGGUGGAGAUGCUGCCUUCGAACUGGAGCAUUCCUCCACUGGCCAAGGGUGUUUCCAAGUGUGGGCUAUCAACGACCAGUUGGGUCUGGACAUAGUCGUUGUCGGUGAGGUUCCUUACCAACCAUUCGAUUCUUCGCAUGAUUUCGAUUCAUUCAACAUUUACACCUUCUCGGCUGAAGACCACAAAGAUGCUCUCAUCUUUUCGUCACCUGAGUGGGAGUAUACGUGGGUAUUUGAUUUGUCGGAUGGCACAUGGCAUGUGGUGCCUGAAUGUCCUCGCAGCAUGUUUGGGCCCGAUGGAGUUGAAGGAUUUCCUAUGGAGCUUAGGUUAGAUAUUUCACCAUAG